AGUAAACGAAACACGAGCGGAGACCGAAGUAACAGGGAGUCACGGAGCGUAAACUGGAUAACAGGCGUGACCGCUGUGUGGACACAUCUAUGCUCACAAAGAUAGCCGUUAGCUUUGUUGAAGUUGUUUCUCUAAGACUUGAAAUUGCUCAACUUGUUUAACAAGCUUUAAGGUGCCUUCUGAAGCGUUGACGUUUUGUUUUACCGCUUUUGUGGAUCCAGUUCUGCUCCUGGUACAAGAUGAAUUCUUUGGGCAGUUCUUCCAAAUGGUCUUCUUACGACUCGCUACCCUCCAUCUCCAGCUUUGUCCUCAGCGAGAGUGAGCAGACUGAGGAUGAAGCAGACAUCUUCUCAGAGGGAGAGGGGGACAGUGGAAGAACAAAGUCCCUCUCAACUGAUGAGGGAAUCACAUUUUCUGGGAACUAUCACAAUCUCCCAGCCCAUUCACAUAAACGGCAUUCGAGGUCUAAGAGCGAUCAGUCUAAAAACUGCCUUGAUGAAACUAAGCAUCUUGUCACAGCCGCUUCUCCUGGAGCUGCCACAUUGGGCUCAUCAUCAGCAACACCAGGGGACCUGGCCUUUGCUCGGAAAUGUGCAGAUUUGCAGAGGUUUAUUCGUCCUUUGCUUGAGCUUCUGCAUGGCCUAAAGACAGGGCGAUUUGACAAAGGUUUAACAAGUUUCCAGCAGAGUGUUGCCAUAGACAGAUUGCAGAGGAUCCUUGGAAUCCUACAGAGGCCUCAAAUGGGUGAAAAAUACCUCCAAAAUCUGCUACAGAUAGAGAUGAUGCUAAAAACGUGGUUCCCUCAGGUUGCAUUUCAGUCCAUAGAUACAGCAAACCAAACUGUCACUCCCCGACUUCUACCACACUGGCGCCAAAAUCAACUCCACAUGCCGGUUAAGAAGAGGAAACUAAGCUGGUCAGACCCUGACGACACUGGCAAAGUCCCAACCAAGCAAAAGCACCACCAACAUGAAGAACAUGGGAGCUGCCAGGCUUUUACGUCACUCGACACAGUUUCCACAUGUCUACCUAGCUCGCCUAAGAAAUGGAAAACUCCAGAGGAAGAAACAGUUGAAUCAGCUGGGUGCAGCUGUAGAGCUGAUCAUGAGUUUACAGAGAGCACUGGCACUUUAAGCAGGGCGUCAUAUUUAUAUAGCAAGAGAGAAAAUGAGAAUCGGAAGCAGUCUGAGAAAUCUCUGCCCUCCCCCUGCGGCAGCCCAGCUACACAAGACAGCUCAGUGUCCUCAAGCGGCACCAGCACUACAAAUGACUCACCUUAGCUGGCCUUAGCUGACCUUGCUACCACAUAGAGGUGCCACAGCGUGCCAGCCAGAGUAAAAGGCGGAGGGCGGACCUGAUUACAUAAGCAUAAAAGUUAGGUGCAGAGUCAGUCUCUGAUGGCUGCAAGCCACUUAAAACCAGAAGAGGAGGAGGAGGGAUACAGAUAGACACUCUUUAACCCCUGACUAUCCAAUGUGGUUUCUGAUUACACCGGAGUUAUUGCACUAUAUUACUAGGCAUUACAUUGUUUGUCUGUAAGACACUUUUGUAUACAUUUACUUUUACUAAGUUAAAAGGUGUUGGAAAUACUUUACAAGUGUAAUGGGUUAAAGCAGUUUGUGCUGAAUUUUGUUUUUUUAUCAUAUCAUAGAAUGCUGCCCUGACAGCAACAGGAUUUCAUGCCAUUAGUGAAAAACAUACGUAGCAGAUAUCACUUUUAUGAAAGUGAGCCAACACAGAGGAUACUUGCUGAUAAAACAGACUGACAAACAGAACUGACAAACAGAAAUUAGCCAGAUUCAGCUUGUAACAUCUGAUGAGUAUUUUUUCUAAGAUGCAGCCCUGGAACAGUUAAACAAAUAUUUCAGUUGUGACGUGUAGCAGAGUAAAGGCAUGUAGCUGCUGCUCAAAUCUGCCAAAAAAACAUUUUGCAUUAGCAUAUCAAAUACACCUUACACCACAGUCACUACUUCUUUAUAUACUUAACACCCACAUCUUUGUUUCUAUGUAAAUAAGAAUAGCUGUAGUUGCACUUAAAACAGCAAAAUGCUGCACAGGAAAUACCACAACCUGAGUUUGAUGAGGAAAUGGAAGAUGCUUAGUUGGAUAUUAUUGUGCCAGUUGCUUCUUUAGGUAGUCUUUUUUUGUUAGAAAGACUGGAAAAUGUAGUAAUUUAUUACACACAUGACUUUUGAGUGACUUUUCAUAGAAGAGUAGACGGGCGUAAUGUAUUUGAUCCCUUGUGAAUUAGAAAUGAUGCAACUGCACUUCCGAUGACAAUAAGGAAAUGUUACACAUCUGUUAGCCAGUCGUUGUGUUACACCUGAGAUGAGUGCUUUACAGGUGAUUGAGUGAGAGACUUGUAAUUUCUUUGGUGUUUUAUUUGUAAAGCUUUCAUUCUGGCACUGCACAAGUAUUUGAAAGGCAUAAAAUGUCAAUUUAGCUUAUUGUUAUCACAAAAUGCCCUAAAUGCA